CGCUAAUUGCCCCUGCGAGGAAGAAGUCACGUGGCAGCCGGAAAGCGUGGCGGCUGCUGCGAGAGCCUGUCCCUUCACCGCCCCCAGGGAGCUGGAGCGACAACAAUGACGUCGUUUCCGUUUCCACCACCUCUUCCUUUUCCCGUCCUCGCGGACGCCGUGCCGGGCCGGUAUUAGUCUCCAGCCCUGGUUGUGGAAAGCGACAGAAGUCAUGGCGAUGUUUGAACAGAUGAGAGCUAACGUGGGCAAGUUGCUCAAGGGUACAAUCCUGAGAACCUGGCCACCCUGGAGCGCUAUGUGGAGACGCAGGCCAAGGAAAAUGCCUAUGAUCUGGAAGCCAACCUGGCUGUCCUGAAGCUGUACCAGUUCAACCCAGCCUUCUUUCAGACCACGGUCACCGCCCAGAUCCUGCUGAAGGCCCUCACCAACCUGCCGCACACAGAUUUCACCCUAUGCAAGUGCAUGAUCGACCAGGCACAUCAAGAAGAAAGGCCAAUCCGACAGAUUUUGUACCUUGGGGACCUGCUGGAGACCUGCCACUUCCAGGCCUUCUGGCAAGCCCUGGAUGAAAACAUGGACCUCUUGGAAGGUAUAACUGGCUUUGAAGACUCUGUCCGAAAGUUUAUCUGCCAUGUUGUGGGUAUCACUUACCAGCACAUCGACCGCUGGCUGCUGGCCGAGAUGCUCGGGGAUCUGUCGGACAGCCAGCUAAAGGUGUGGAUGAGCAAAUACGGCUGGAGUGCUGACGAGUCGGGGCAGAUCUUCAUCUGUAGCCAAGAAGAGAGCAUUAAACCCAAAAACAUUGUGGAGAAGAUUGACUUUGACAGUGUGUCCAGCAUCAUGGCCUCCUCCCAGUAACUGCAGGUGUUUAAUAAAGAUGUGUUGACUCAGC